GCUCUCCACGUUUCUCCACUUCACUUCGAAGUUGCACAUGAACCGCUGAAGCAACCACCGAUCAACGGCAGCAACAAGGGAAGUGAGAUCACCCCCACGAUGGUCGACGUGGACCGGCGGAUCACCGGCAUAACCCCGGCCCACGUGGCCGGCCUCCGCCGCCUCUCCGCCCGCGCGGCCGCAGCCCCUUCCGCCGCGGCCUCCCGGAACGGCCUCCUCUCCUUCUCCUCCCUCUCUAACCAGGCCAUGACCCACCUCCGCGGCUCCGGCGUCCAGGUCCAGCCCGGCCUCUCCGAAGCCGACUUCGCCCGGGCCGAGGCCGAGUUCGGCUUCUCCUUCCCCCCGGACCUCCGAGCCGUCCUCUCCGCCGGCCUCCCCGCCGGCCCCGGGUUCCCCAACUGGCGCGCCGCCGCCGGCCCGGCUCGUCUCCACCUCCGCGCCUCCCUCGACCUCCCCAUCGCCUCCGUGUCCCUCCAAGUAGCCCGCAGCGCGUUCUGGCCCAGAUGCUGGGGCCCGAAGCCGCCCGACCCGGAGAAGUCUCUCCGGGUCGCGAGGAACGCCCUCAAGAAAGCUCCGAUCUUGAUACCGAUCUUCAACCAUUGCUACAUCCCUUCCGCUCCGUCGCUCGCGGGGAACCCCAUCUUCUUCGUCGACGAGCAUCGGGUCUUCUGCUGCGGCUCGGACCUCUCCGAUUUCUUCCACCGCGAGUCGCUCUUCGGCAGCUCUGACUACGAACCCGAAGAAGCAGCAGCCGCGCUCCAGAGGCAGAGUUCUGUCGGGGCGAGGCGAAGCCUGGACGGCCGCGGCGGCGGGGCGGGGAGGUCGACGAGGUGGGUCGAGUUCUGGAGCGACGCCGCCUUCGACCGCCGCCGGAGGACCUCGUCGUCGUCGUCGUCAUUGUCGUCCUCCUCGUCGCCGGAGAGGUUCUUCGACUUGCCGGCGGAUACCCAGUUCCCCAAAUGGGUCGACGAGUACAUGGGGCGAAUCGGGUCGGUCUUGCGGGGCGGAGGGUGGAGCGAGUCGGACGUGUCGGAGAUGCUGGAGGUCUCGUCGGCGGCCGGCGACGUUCCCGGUGGCGGGACGGCAUGCAUGGCGGAUCGUCAGGCGGUCCUCGACUCCCUCCUCUUGAAAGCGGAUCGGUUCUCGGACCGGCUCCGGAAGGCGGGUUGGAGCUCCGAAGACGUGGCGGAGGCGUUCUUCGGGUUCGAUUUCCGACCGGGGAAGGAGAAGAGACCGGCCAGGAAGCUGGCGCCGGAGCUCGUCGAGCGGUUCGGGCGACUGGCUGAGUCGGUUUCCCUGUAGCUGGCGGUGGAUGCCUUCUUUUUUUUUUUACCCUCUUUCAUUCUUUCUUUCUUUUUUUUUUUGUCUUUUUUUGACCUUUUUGUUUUUGACAUUUUGAUGCCUCGGAUUGCGUCAUGUUUGUGGAGACACAAGGCUUUGUCAAAGUGAGUGCUGAUUACACGAUUUGUUCAUAUACACUAUUAUCGAUGAUUAAAGACAUUGGAACAUGUUUUUACCCCCCUUGAAUUAUAUAAAUAUAUUGUUAGAUUUAUUGAGA